ACAUUUCGAAAAGCAGAGCCUGCAUUUAAUCGUUUGAAGGUAACACGACACCUGGGAAGGCGGGUUGUGUUCACUGUUGUAGAACCAUACACCGAGGCCCAAACAUUCCUCUUUGAUCACAGUAACAGUUAUAGACUUAAAUCCAUGUAUAUAAUAUAUAGGACACCCUUUAGCAACGCGUUUGCUUCGAGAGUUUCACGUGGACUACAUAUCCCAGGGUGCCGCUCACUGCGGUAUCCAGGAAGUCUGCUGUGGUUGCCAAGCAAACUUUUGCUCGUAAGCGAAGUGCUCUCUCUCUGUGAAAAGUGUAGAUGUAUUGAGUCUGCAUUUUCCUGCAACAGGCAUCCGUGAGAGAUGAGUUGCUGUCAUGUGUCUGUGCCCCGGGAGGUCCGGCCUGGCGCGGCACGGGUCCUGGUGACUGAGCAGAGUGGAUCGGGCCUCAUCAACCCAACUCCUGCUCCGAAACCACCACUGGAUUAUGAGCCAGAAGCGGGGCUUUACCUCUCUAAGGAGAAGUUGGAAUCAGUGUGUGGAACUCGGGAUCUCUCUAAUGUGACCUCGCUGGAGAUCCACGUAGACACACAAGAAAACACACUGGGGAACUUUGGUGCCCACUUGCCCAGGCUGUUGAAGCUCAAAAUGAACAACAGCAACAUAAUGUCAGUAAGAGACCUGGGAACCACCCUCUCCCACCUACAGGUGCUGUGGCUGUCUCGCUGCUCCCUACAAGACCUCGAUGGCAUUUGUACUUUCACUUCCCUCAAGGAGUUGUACGUGGCCUAUAACAACGUGUCAGAUCUGAGUCAGUUGGGCAUGCUUGAGAACCUGCAGCUGUUGGAUCUGGAAGGGAAUAAUGUGGAUGACACUGUGCAGAUUCAGUAUCUGGGGUUAUGUGGCAAACUUCAGUUUCUCUGCCUGGAAGGAAACCCUGUCUGUGCGCACCCAAACCCCACUGCUAUCCAGACAGAAGACUAUAGUUAUCGGGCCGCAGUGAGGGAGUUGGUCCCUCAGCUGUGUUACCUAGACAAUUUAAGGAUGGAGGAGGACGGCCUGAGCUCCCACAGCACCAUGGGAGAGGACUGGGCCAUUCUCCGAGACUGCAUUAGAGACGGCAGCUCCUCCCAGGCAGCUCCUGAAUGCGAGGACACAGCAGACCGUGGAUACACUCGCAGCCGCCCCGCCUCAGCCAGGCGCCCCGCUUCCAGCCGCUCCUACGUCUGGCCCCUCUCGUCAGCAAGCUCCAGACCCAACGUUGGCUCCGGAUCCAUGGCAGCGACCGGGCCCGGAUUUCUCUCUGGAUCUAGACCUGGUUUUGCAGAUUCGGGCCUGGCGACAGUGGAAGCAGAAGCCAGCGUCCUUACACAUGGAGCUGGCAAGAUUCUCUUCUGCGGAAACCCCGUCCAGGCGGUCCGGGCGAGGCGUACAAAGUUAAAGAUAGGUGGUACGGCACCUACCAGAUCUACUGUCACCCACCGUGACCUUCCCAUCCAUAUACCCGAACACACGUACGACCUUGAGGAGACGGAUGUUAGAGAACGAGUUGAUGUUUUUGCGGAGCUCCGAGCGUGGAGGGAGCAGCACAGCAGGCGUCUCCAGGCCAUAGAGACGGAAAGAUUACCACAGGUCCCGGCUAUUUGUUACAGCGACGAAGAAGAGGGGGGAAAUGACAGCAAAGAAGAUCAUGAAGCGGAGAUGCACAGGGACAGACGAGACACUGCCUCACCAGAUUCCUCUUCACAGUUUCUCUCCCCAGCCCUGCAUCCCAGAGAAGCCUCGUCCCCAGAGGGGGCCGGACUCUCCCGGUCUCCUGGCACCACGCUGUCCCCUUCUCCCCCUCCCAGUGCCACACCAGCAACCGGAGACAGGAAGCCGCCCGGGCUCCGUGCACGUCGGCUUCGACUCAGCAAGAACAACUCCGAACAUUUAUCCGAUUUCAGCAGAGUAGGGCGCUCCCCUGGGACAGAGACGACGCCUGCAGACACAUACCUGAAGCUCCAGGGGAUCCAGCAGUUGACAAAGACAAACGAGCCUCUUUUGCUCCGGCCUGCACACACACCCCGCCCUCCUCCAAGGAGGGCCCUUGGUGAAAGGCUCAUGGGUUCAUGAGAUGGACUCAUCCAGUAGACAAGCUGGCAGGGAGCAUCUUAAAAUCACUCAGAUGUCCAAACAUCUGAACCGACCAGCGAUCACUCGUCCUCACACAGCCAGGGCAGCUCUGCAGAAACACCACCAGCACCUCCUGAACCAGCCCUGCAGAGGGAGUCCAAACCCAGACUGACACCCGGGUGGGCAGACCGUCUGGCAACAAGGAGGUGUUUCCAGCCACACUCCCAUCUCACUAGUGCUAUUAGGGGCUCAGGACAGAUGAGAGGGGAAUGAAAGGAGGGGCCUUUUACUGUGAGAAAGUGGGAGACUGUCCACCUCUUUCUUUCAAAGGGAUCAUUCUCACAGCUGGUUUGUACUGGUGGACCUGAUCUACACAACUACUACAAGAUGAUUUGAUGAAUCAAAAGAACUUUCAUUCUGUCUUUCAAAUUGGGAAAUACUUGCAAAGACUGCAUCGACAUCCUCCUGUAAAACAACAUCUUCCUGUAAUACAAUAUGUCUGAUAGUGGAACAACAGUUUCAGUCAUGUAAGGUUUUUCCAGCAAUGUUUUGUUUCCUUAGAAUAUUUAAAGUUAUUAUGAAAAAGCAUCCAACUCAUCUAAUAAAGCAUUACUGUGGUCAGAAAAGCCGGGGUCCAUUGAAUUGUGUUGACUGAGCCGGAGCAAAGUGUGUCAACACAUGCUAUGAAGACCAUUACAACUAAUAGCAGAUAGGUUUGAUAUGGAUAAUUUAAAUGUGUUAUCAUGUCAAGUACAGUAAGUGUUUGUUGCAUUCACCAACAGAUUCUAAAAAGCCAUCAGAGACGGCAGAUGUUCAAAUGAUGAGUGUACCCAGUGCUGUUUCUUGUUGUCCUUACUGUAGCUAACAAGCUGGCUUUUGUCUCACAUUGUUGAAAACACUCAUAACAACAUAACUUUCUAACUAAAGUGGAAUGCCUGUUUGAUUAAUAUUUUCAUAAGCAGCUUCCUUCUUGUUAUGACAUGAGACUUGUCACUUGUCCAAGCAAGUACUGGAACUGGAAAUACCUACAGAAUGCGUUCAGGCAGGUCAGGAGAAUCUGCCUGUACAGUACGUAUGAGGUGCCCUACAGAACUUGAUAACACCACAAGCAACAUUUGGUGUAAUGCAAGAUAUCUAGGCUCCAUUUCUUGCUUCUCUGUUGACACUUUUACAACCACACGCAGAAAUGUAGACCAUAAUGUUACAAAGGCAUACAGUAAAGGGUAACUGCUCACUUAUAUUUUUAGCUUUCUCAGUUGGAUCUAAUGCUUGUGACUAAACAGGUGGGGAGUUUGUUUUCUGAGACAAUACAUUUAAAGAAAGAUUCAUUGUCUUUGUAUUGUUUCGAUACUGCACGAGAGAAACCUCUCUUCCGACCUAAUAAUAUUGCAUCACAUCAAGUUUCAACUAGGAGUUAUUUAAAGAAAAUAGACUAAAGAUAAAUAAUGUCUUUGAUGAUUUGUUCCAGGGGAAGGAAGCCAUGAACAGCUGUGGUGAAUUUCAUCUUUUCACCUCAAACAACAUUGUUGUAGAGCAGCGAUUGUAAUUUGAGGGAUGACUAUAUAUUUCAGUUUUACUUUCAUGAGGUGACUGUUGCUUUUGCAUUUUUUAUUAAUUAGGUAGGUAGUGUUUGCCACAUAAAGAUAUACAAAAUAAAACAUGUAAGGUAGCAUUCUAGUAGAGGAAUAUGUGAAAUCAUCCUUUAAUGCUAGGGAUCAUUUUAUGUGUCAUUCAGCCUUCCGGCACUGAAUAAUAGACAUGUUUGGGCCAACACACGUUCAAUUAUAGUGAGAGUACA